AUGCAGCUGCUGUCUUUGCUCGGCCUGGUAUUCCUCCUGCCAGGAUGUUUCUCUGACUUGACAGUCCUCAAGAUGCAUGCAAUCCCGGGAGGAUUGGUGUCUGUGGAAUGCAAAUACGACGAACGGUAUAAGGGAAACCCGAAAUACUGGUGCAAAGAAAUGAGCAAAACAUCAUGUGGCAAAAUUGUCGAGACUUCAGGUUCAGAAGAGCCAGUGAGGAAAGGCAGAGUCUCCAUCAGAGACAACCAUUCAUUAAACCAAUUCACAGUGACGAUUGAUGAGCUGACCAACAGUGAUACCGGCAUGUACAAAUGUGGAGUGAUUGUGCAGGGAGGUUCGGAUCUGAUGGUUCCAGUUAAUGUGACGGAAACCACCAGAGGGCCAGAAGAUGCCUUUCACAAGGAUAUCAGUUCUCUCAGAUACCUGAUGUACAUGUCCUUCCUGGUUUCAAUUGCCUUGAAAGCCCCCAUCUUCCUGGGUAUGAUCCUUGCAAUUAUCUGGAUGCGCAGUAAGAAGACAUAG